AACAAACAGAAAUCAAUCAAUUAUUUUAGCGCAUUUACAUUGGCUUUGGCACUUCUUGUGUGCUUAAUAAAAAUUCAGAAAAAGCUUUAAUUUCAAAACAUUAUGUGUAGGAUUCAAAUUUUCCCGGGCUGCAGCGCAAGUGUCAGCAGAGAAACGUCCACGUCACAGCAGCAGAAGUAACUACACAGGGGUGUCUGUAGGUUCACAAACAAAAACAGUUAUUUGAAAGGCACUAUUGUAUGGCAGGGUCUCGCGUUAAGUCACCUUAGUGCUCUGAAGCGACUCGCGUUUCCAGAUGAUGGUUACAUAGAGUUUGAUGCUACCAGCUUUUUGUUUUUCGAGGACUAUGUAAACAGUAAGGUAAGAAAAUGUGGUCACUGACCUUAGCUAGUUCUGGUUAGCUGUAACGUUAAAUGGCACAGCCAGCGUGCGCAAACUGUCACAACAUCAGUUGAAGUAACUAGGUUUAGUGCGUGAGACAACGUUUAGUUUAUAUAUUGCUUAAACGCCUGUCAAAACAAACCUGUUUAGCUGUGUCUCGUCCAGGAGGAUGGCGUGCCCGACGCAGUUCCUCUGCAGGGCGCUGCGCACCGUGGGCCUGGUGCUCUUCUACUAUGUGUUUUCCAUUGGCAUAACAUUCUACAACAAGUGGCUCAUGAGGGACUUCCACUUUCCUCUGUUCAUGACGCUGCUCCAUCUCGUGAUAAUUUUCAGUUUCUCCACACUGACACGCUUUGCCAUGCAGUGCUGGACGGGAAAGCCUCGAGUGACACUUCCCUGGAAGGUUUACCUUUCUAAAGUGGCCCCGACAGCCCUGGCAACAGCGCUGGAUAUCGGAUUGUCCAACUGGAGCUUCCUUUUCAUCACUAUUAGUUUGUACACCAUGACCAAGUCUUCAGCUGUUCUCUUCAUUCUCUUUUUCUCUCUGGUCUUCAAACUGGAGGAGCCGAACCCAUUCCUUAUCCUUGUGGUGUUGCUGAUAGCCAGUGGUCUGUUCAUGUUCACUCUCAAGUCCACUCAGUUUAAUCUGGAGGGUUUCAUCAUGGUCCUGUUGGCCUCUUUCAUCGGAGGGAUCCGCUGGACUCUUACUCAAGUGCUCAUGCAGAAAGCAGAGCUUGGCCUUCAGAACCCCAUAGACACUAUGUACCAUCUGCAGCCUCUCAUGUUCCUUGGCCUCUUUCCUCUGUUUCUUCUUAAUGAGGGGCUGAGUGUGAGUACCACAGAGAAGCUCUUCAGGGUCAGUGAGCUCUCCCACCUGCUCUACUCUCUGGUGACUCUGACUGUGGGUGGAAUGCUGGCAUUUGGGCUGGGCUUCUCUGAGUUCCUGCUGGUUUCCCGCACCUCCAGUCUGACGCUAUCUAUUGCAGGCAUUUUUAAGGAGGUGUGCACUCUGCUGCUGGCAGUGGAGUUCAUGGGGGAUAAAAUGAGCACAGUCAACUGGUUGGGCUUUGCUGUGUGUCUGUCUGGCAUAUCACUGCAUGUUGGCCUCAAAACAUACUACAACAAAGGAAAUGGCCCCAUGGUGAGACAACUACCAGUCAGAGACAACCCGGACCUUGAGCUUCCACUUCUACAGACAAAAGAAGACUAUUGUGAAGACACAAAUGAUGAAGAGGAGCAAGAGAUCCUUUAUUAGUUCCAGGAUGACAUGAAUGUCCUAAAUAGACUUGUGGAAUGUGUUCCCUUAAAGGCUUAAAUGAAUGGUCACAUUGAUCACAGGUACUCAGCCAGCCCCAGCUAUGAUAUGAAUGAUCUUUGCUCUUAGGCUCUUUGCUUUUGGGAAGACAGGACUCUAAAAAGACUGGGUGGGUUAGUUCAUCUGAACAUUUCAUUUCAGUCAUCAUUUCCUCACCCUCAUGCUGCUCCAAUGUCUUCCAUAAAAUGAAAGUGGAUGGAGACCAAGGGCUGUCAAAAAAAGAUAAAAUGAUAAUUUAUUUACUCUUUGAAGAAAAAGUCAUACGGGUUUUGGAAGACAAAUGGGUGAGUAAGUUUGACAGAAUGGUAACUUAUAGGUGAAAUACAACUUCAAAACCGCUGGUGGCAUUGAUCUCAGAACAGGACCAAUUUUCAAGUGGCCUUACACAUUUGUUUACAUGGCAAUAAAGGACUAAAUAUCAA